CGAUCAGGUUGCCCAAGUCAGCUCCGAGCGCAUUGAUGAGGUCGGCUCAUCCCGGCGACAAUGCAUCGUCAGCAGCUUUCAGCAAUGUGUCCAAGACCCUUGACACGUGUCCUCCUACGGCAACGACGGAUGGCUCGAACUUGUGCUUGUUUGGUCCGUCCGGAAGUGUCGACGACGAGGUUCUGCCACCUGCAGCAGGCAGCAGCAUCUGGAACUUCUCUCAUCGCAACAUCUCCAUCAUUCGUACGUACCCGUCAGGCUACGGCGCCACAUAUGACUUUUCAUUCAAUCAAAUCGCGGCCCUUCCGACGAAUCUAUGGCCACUUUUGUCCACAUAUGGCAUGAACUUGAGUCACAACACCCUCCUCGCAAUGCCUUCGGAAGUCGUGGUUUCGUGGCUGGACGUAAGUUACAACCAAGGAGGGCUCGAGUGGCCACAGGUCAUUCGAUGGAACCUCGACAUGCCCCGCUUGAGCCAUCUGCACGUGAUCCUCAUCCUGAUCAGCUCGUGGAAUCCCUCGGCUGAUGCGACGCAUGCCGUGCUUGUACGUAGGUAUUUUCGAGGCAACAACCUGAAAACACUGACGCUCUCGGCUUCCAAUGCAUUUCCCACAACACAGCCAGUCAUCAUAGAUCUGCGAGACAACCCGGAGCUCGUUGUGGUCGUUGAAGACGCUGUGGCGUGGCAAAGUUUAGAGCCGAGUACAUCUUCGCGCUUCGGUAACUCUGCGACUCUGGCCUCGGCGACAACAUUGAUGUUGGAUGAGCCUUCUGGGCCCCAAUCGUGUCCUGGGCGGAUCCUGAAAACACUGUCGUCGGGUCUGGCGGUGUGUUGUAAGGGGGAUUUCUGGUCGCGACCGACGGCCAUGAAUGCCACUGAGUUGCCCGCCACGACGGUGCCGACCCCAACCAGCUCGAAAUUCGAGCGAGAGUCGGACUUUUACCUGAUGACGGGUCUCCUUGGCUGCUCGUUUGGACUGUUCGCUGUGGCCUGCUACGUGGCUGUCACCCGGUUCACUCGCGCUGACGACGCCACGGAAUCGACGUCAAGGGAAACCUUGUGCACAUCCCCUUGAGCACAUUAAAGCAAACGAGAUUUGUCGCCGAUGUGCCUGCCGCGGGCUGCUGAGAGUAUUCCCCAUACCACGAACGCUUGAACAUGUCACUUUUGCGUACGCAAA